GUAGCUGCCGGGGUCCACGAGUGGUAGUUAGAGCUGCCAAUCUUCAUGGAUCCAACUUUAUAAGCUCACACAAUGGCCAAUGAUCUCCAAGUCACAUACAACUUGGAACAAUUCCGGUGUACAGAGGAGGAGGAGGAGGAGGAGGAGAAAGGGAGAGAAGAAAUGGCACCCGGCGCCGCACCAUUCCUUCCGACCGCCACCGACGAGAAGACACUAAGACCGAGCUUCGUUCGCGACGAGGACGAGCGACCGAAGGUGGCAUACAACCAAUUCAGCAACGAUAUCCCCGUGAUAUCGUUGGCUGGCAUCGACGACGAGGAAGGAGCGGGUGGCGAGAAGAGAGAGGAGAUCCGCCGCAAGAUUGUGGCGGCGUGCGAGGACUGGGGGAUAUUCCAGGUGGUGGAUCAUGGUGUUGAUGCGGAGUUGGUAUCGGAGAUGACUAGGCUUGCGAAGGAGUUCUUCGCGCUGCCGCCGGAGGAGAAGCUCCGGUUCGACAUGUCCGGGGGGAAGAAGGGUGGAUUCAUAGUAUCCAGCCAUCUCCAGGGAGAAGCAGUGCAAGACUGGAGAGAGAUUGUGACAUUCUUCUCACACCCGGUCGGAGCUCGGGACUACUCGAGGUGGCCGGACAAGCCGGAGGGGUGGAGAUCGGCCGUCGAUUCGUACAGCGAGAAGCUGAUGGUUUUGGCAUGCAAGCUUCUGGGAGUGUUGUCUGAGGCCAUGGGACUUGAGAAGGAGGCCCUGACCAAGGCUUGUGUGGACAUGGACCAGAAGUUGGUGGUGAACUUCUAUCCCAGAUGCCCUCAGCCAGACCUCACCCUUGGCCUGAAGAGGCACACAGAUCCGGGCACCAUCACCCUCCUAUACCAGGACCAAGUAGGUGGCCUCCAAGCUACAAAGGAUGGGGGCAAGACAUGGAUCGCCGUUCAGCCGGUGGAAGCUGCCUUUGUGGUGAACCUUGGGGACCAUGGUCAUUAUCUGAGCAACGGACGGUUCAAGAAUGCCGACCACCAGGCGGUGGUGAACUCGAAUUAUGAACGGCUGUCGAUCGCAGCAUUCCAGAACCCGGCACCUGAGGCUAUUGUGUACCCACUGGCGAUCAGAGAGGGAGAGAAGCUGGUAUUAGAUGAGCCCAUCACAUUCGCUGAGAUGUACCGAAGGAAGAUGAGCAAGGAUCUGGAACUUGCCAAGCUUAAGAAGGCCAAGGAGGUCGCAUCCCAGCACAAAGCUCUCAAUGAAAUCCUAGCUUAAUGCAAACAAAUUUUGUCUUCAUAUCUCUUUUAUGUUAUGUGGAAUGUUGUCAUAAUGUUCUUGUUUCCUUGAACUACAAGUUUUAAAUAUGCAGGGAAGUCAUGAUGAGCCAACAUUUUGAGCUGCUUAAUGCCUCUUGAUUUGGAAAAUCUGAGUGCUGCUGUUUGUAGCCUUUUGGCAUUUGCAAUGAAAUAUCUAAAUAUAAAAUUUUCAGAGUA